CCUACCAGAAUCUCGUUCAAAUCUGUUCUUUUCUCUUGAAACUCUGGUAGUGGUUAUUCCUUACGUUUUUCUUAUUGAGGUAAGAGGAUUUUUUUUCAUUCUUUCCUCCAAUAGUCAAUGUAAAUUCCUUCUAUGUUUUUGAGUAAAGGGUUUAUGGAUGAAUGAAAGAUGAAGAGUUGGUCUUCGGCUUCAAAAGCUAGCUUUGAUUACUCUUUCAAGAUCUUGUUGGUUGGUGAUUCAGGAGUUGGCAAAACCAGUCUUCUGAUGAGUUUUGUCUCUGGUUCUGCUCGUGAUCUCUCCCCAACCGUUGGUGUAGAUUUCAAAAUCAAGCUUCUCGACGUUGGCCAAAAAAGAUUAAAGCUCACAAUUUGGGACACUGCUGGGCAAGAGAGGUUUGGAUCAUUUAUAAGCUCUUACUAUAGAGGAGCUCAUGGGAUAAUUCUCGGUAUGUUUACCGAAGCAAAAAAUGUUUAAUCAUGCUGACGAAGCCGCUAAGCUCAUCCUAUAGAAUGAUAGUUUUGAGUGUACUUAUUCUAUCAAAGUAUUUUGUUUCUUGUUUCAUUGAAAACCUUUCGAAAAGAUUCUAUGGUAUGCUUCAUUCGGCGAAUACUCUACUUUACGAAGGAUGCAUUGAAGGACUUUCCAGAUUGUCAUUGUUGGUUGUAAUGCUCUA